GGCUGUUGCGCUCCUCCUGCAGACUCAACUUCCGCCUCUCUGGCCGCUUUCUCUCUCUGGCAGCUUCAGUGCGCGUGCGGCCCCCGUCGAGAUGAGAGGCCUCGGCGGCUUCCUUCCGCCUACGUAGCUUCCCUUCGCCGCGCCGCUCUGUCUUCCGGACAGCUUCUUCCGCGCGUGUCUAUGGUUCAGUUAAAGGGGCCGCUUCUGGCUUUCCGAGCUGCGGGGUCCCGAGAUGCUGCUUACGGUGAAGGCGCUCCAGGGCCGGGAAUGCAGCCUCCAGGUAUCCCUCGUCCUGCUGCUCCCGGGCGGUGGGAUGCUGAGUCAGGGGCCGAGGCCCGAGCUGGGUGUGGGCCGCUGCCUGGGUGUAGCCCUCGCCCGCCCCAAGCCCAGGGGCGACGCGGAGAGGAGCCACCGGGAGGACCUGGCCUGGAGGAAGGAGGCCGAGGGCGGCAGGAGCGGGUGGGGGGUCGGAGGGCAGCGAGGGUCCCUUCCAGGAUGAAGAGAGCACAGCACAGGCUAAAAUAACCUCUCAAAGGCCCUGCUGAUGGCAUUUUACCAUUGUACACUGUGGAGAGUGUAUUAACUUAUGGUCUCUGUGUGUGGUUUGGGAGCUGCACGGUCAGGGGGGAAACGAUGCUGUCCAGGGUUGUAAAGACUGCGGAGAGAAUAAUUGGGUGCACUCUUCCCACCCUGGAUCAAAUCUACGCUUCCAGGUGCCAUAAGAAAGCUGCAAGAUAGCGCAGCUCUCUUUCAGCUUCUGCCUUCUGGAAGAAGGUACAGGGUUUUAAAGACUAGGACUAGCCGCCUGAGAAACAGUUUCUAUCCAAAUGCGAUUUUGGUUUUAAACACAGUGUAAGGCAGUCUCUAAAGGAGUGUAUUGUAUUUAAUUAUGCCAACCUAGCGGUUCGGAAGCAUGUCAAAGUGCAAGUAGAUAAAUAGGUAUCACUCUGGGGGGCGGGGAAGGUAAACGGCGUUUCCGUGUGCUGCUCUGGUUCGCCAGAACCCUUAGUCCUGCUGGCCACAUGACCCGGAAGCUGUACGCCGGCUCCCUCAGCCAAUAAAGCGAGAUGAGCGCCACAACCCCAGAGUCGGCCACGACUGGACCUAAUGGUCAGGGGUCCCUUUACCUUUACAUUUAAGGCAGUCUGUGCAGGAGUGUAUUGUAUUUUAUUAUGGGGUAUGGAGUUUUUAGGGGACUAACAAGGCUGGGAUAGCAGGCUUGUUGGGUUUUGAAUGUUUGAUGUAGAUUUUUUUCAAUUUUGUUGUUCUGUAUGGGACAAUGACAAAGAUUAUCGUAUCGUAUAGAUGGCUGUGAAGGGAUCUCAUGCACUCUGGGGGCUCCCGGGCAGAUCUGACACCUCCCAGCCCUCAGCUGUUUCUCCUGCCGCCUUUUCCUUUCUCUGUUUACGAAGUCGAAUUCAGCUCUGCCGCUGGAAUAUUUAUUUUCAUAGAAUGGUAGAGUUGGAAGGGACCCUGAGGGUCGUCUCGCUCUUCUCAGUCUCCUCUUCUCCAGGCUAAACAUACCCAGCUCCUUCAACCGUUCCUCAUAAGGCUUGGUUUCCAGACCCUGGAUCCUCUUGGUCUCCCCCCUCUGCGCAUGUUCCAUCUUGUCAAAUAUCCUUCUUAAUUUAUGGUGCACAGAACUGGACACAGAGGUACUCCAGGUGUGGUCUGACCAAGGCAAAAUAGAGUGGUGGUAUUGCUUCAUUUCAUAAAAUGUAUACACAGCUUGGUUGUAAUAGACAAACAAACCAAAAACCUCAAAAAUACGAAAUGGCAGAAUCAAGUUAAAAUGCUAAAACGGAUUAAAAGUGGCAUCAACUUCUAAGUAUCUGGGUGGGGUAGGCUUGUCUAAACAGCCUGUACCUAUUUGAGAUCAAGCAGGAGCCCUCACUAUAACAAAAGGAGUACAGUGAGGGCUCCUGCUUGAGCUCAGUAGGCAGGGAGUUCCAAAGUGCAGGCGUGGGCAUGCUAAACAGCCAAGUUCUUACAAAUGUGGAAUGGGUACGGCACCUGUAGUAGUGCCAAUUCCAUCCAUUGGAUGAGUUGAUUAGGGUAACGCGAUCUUAUAGGUAAACUGGUCCUAAGUUCUUAAGGGCUUUAUAGUGUCUGCUAUCACUAGGGCUCACGCCCAGGAUCUGGAUAGAGGAAGGUAAGUGUUUCUAACCAUGCAUUCUGUGCCUUCCCUUUGCAGGAAAGUAACCACAUGCCUUCGGGUCAGAGUUAAGGGCUCUUAAUACAAGGUUGGGGUACCUGUGGGAGUUGGGAGACCAGCAACAUUUGGAGGGUCAGAGGUUCCCCAUCCCUGAUUUAGCACGUUUAUACCCCACAUUUCUUCCAUAACGCUCAAAGCAGACCAGACCUAAACCACCUCAGCUUCAGCAAGUGGUUGCAUCAUGUGGGAGGGUUGUUGUACUCGUGUUCUGUUUGCAAACUUCCCACAGGCAUCUGGUUAGUCACUUUGGAAACGGAAUGCCGGACUAGAUGGUUCUUUAUCCAAUCCGGCAAGGUUCCUCUUGUGCUUUUAUAUCCCCUCAGAUUGUACCUUGAAAAAAGAUUACUUCCUUCCAAGGUUGGAACAUCCAGUAAUGUUAGAAGUACAUAAAAAAUGUAUUUCAUUUUUCAUAAAUCUCAAGUAACAGUAAAAAAUCUCAAGUAACAGUAAAAAAUCAACAACUAAGACAGUUUCUCAUAUAAGAGCAAAACAAUCUCCACUUAAAAGAACUGUUGAAAAAUCAGAAGGUCUUCAGCAACACCCUAAAGACAAUAGAGAUGGUGUCUGUCUGAUAUGCAGUGGGAGGGAGUUCCAAAGGAUAGAUGCUGCCACACUAAGAACUCAAUUCCUACAUGGUAUGGAACAGAGAUAAGUGUUGAGAUAAGUGUUCGCAAGAGGCCCUCUCCUACCGAGUGCAGUAGUUCGUUGGUUAUAUAAAGGGUGAGACCGUCUUUUAGGACCAAGCUGUAUAGAAGGCUUUGAGCACGAGGACCAACACCUUGAACUUAAUGUGCAUAGCUCUUCCUAAGCAUUGCACACAUGUGAACAUGGUUGUUCUUAUAACAAUUGCUUAAGGCAUCCCUGUAUUUAUAAAGAUAUCAAUAAACGAUAAUAGUAUUAUUGUCAUGUUACAGCUGGGGGAACAGACUUUCAGUGGUUUCAAGGGAAAACAGAGAUUUUAACUAUGAAUUUCCAGUUCAUACCUUAUACAGUCAAACUUUGGCUCCUGAACGCUUCCAUUUUGGAACGUUACGGCUUCCAAACACCAAAAACCCAGAAGUAAAUGCUCCGGUUUUCAAACGUUUUUCAGAAGCCGAAUGUCUGACAUGGCUUCCGCUUGAGUGCAGGAAGCCACUGCAACCAGUCAGAAGCCGUACCUCAGUUGUCAAACAUUUCGGAAGCCCAAUGGACUUCUGGAACAGAUUACUUUCACCAAUGAGGUUUGACUGUACUUUCUACCUUCAAGUGAUAUCAGCAUUUUCAUGCCUGGGAGAAAAAGGGGCCAACACUAACUUAAGUUGAAAAACACUAUAUGCCUACUUAGUAAUAUUAUUUAACAACUACCUGGAAAGCAGAAAAUAUUCAUGCUGUGAAAAGCUGCACUUACUGAUCUUCUACCUUUCACAGGAGCUUUGCCAGAAGGAGGAAGAUAAAAUUCCAGCCAUUAAUUUAGCAUAGAACAAAAUUAUUUCCUGUGGACCAAUUUGUCAAUGGGGCAAGCUUCUUAGAGCAACUGGAAGGGGGUGGGAAUUCACUCUGAAAAGGACCUGAGAACGGACAGGUACAGUAAGUGUAGUGUAUAUUACUGAACGAAAGGUUUGUUCAGCUCUUCUAGUUCUGUGCUUGACCAGGGCCUAUAUUCUCCAGCAUAUGAAAGCCCUUGCUCUGAGCCUGUCAACUUUGGGGGGCAGCCCCACUUCAUCACAUUCUUCCUUCUCAGGUCUCCCCAGAUGAACGGAUCUCCUCUCUCAAACGCUUGGUCUCCGAGAAGUUGAAUGUCCCAGUAUCCCAGCAGCGCCUGCUUUUCAAAGGCAAAGCUUUGGCAGGUGGGUGCUGAUGGCGGUUUGGUGUGACUGUGUUGCUGGGCCUCUAUGUUAGAGUAUGGCAAGGCCAGUCCUAUCAUUAGGUAGAAUAGCUGCCAGGUGAAAUCGUUCCUCUUCAACCAGGCCUUUGGGUAAUUGACAUCUGAUACCCUUUUAAAAGGGAUGCGGUUGGCGCUAUGGGUAAAACCUCAGCGCCUAGGACUUGCCGAUCGUCAGGUCGGCGGUUCGAAUCCCCGCGGCGGGGUGCGCUCCCGUUGCUCGGUCCCAGCGCCUGCCAACCUAGCAGUUCGAAAGCACCCCCGGGUGCAAGUAGAUAAAUAGGGACCGCUUACUAGCGGGAAGGUAAAUGGCGUUCCGUGUGCUGCGCUGGCUCGCCAGAUGCAGCUUGUCACGCUGGCCACGUGACCCGGAAGUGUCUUCGGACAGCGCUGGCCCCCGGCCUCUUGAGUGAGAUAGGCGCACAACCCUAGAGUCUGUCAAGACUGGCCCGUACGGGCAGGGGUACCUUUACCUUUACCCUUUUAAAAGUGUGGUGGAAGAGGGGUGUUAUUGGUUUGUUUUUCUUCUUAUUUUUAUUAUAUAUUUUGUGUUUUUUAUAUUGCAAUUUAAUCUUGUGGGAUCUGCAGAUGAAGGGCGGUAUACAAGCUUAAUAAAUAGUAAUAAUAAAACGAAGCAGCUGUCUCAGGCGGCAGAGUUUAUUGAAAGGGUAGUAAGAAGUUUAUUUAUUAUUAUUGUAUUUUACUCUCAGAGUGAGGUGUUUGUGGGAUUUCCUGUCUUGGACCAGACCUGACUGUGUGUGAGGGAAGGAGGGCAUCUUUGGAUAGGAAUCAGUGGGAUUGGUUUUGGGGUGUGUAAGUGGGGUUGUAAAUGACCUGUAUGUAUAUGUAAGAGAUUUGCAUUGAUAGAGGAAAUGCAAUGUUUGAAAUUCAAGAAAGCUUUUAUCUGUACUGAAAGUAUAUUUUCUUAUGCUUGCAACCUUUCUAAAAAAAUUGCUACCUACAAAUGGAGCUUGAUGACUUCCUUUCAUUUCCCUAAUUUCUUCCCGAAGCAUCCCAGCUAUAGCUCUGAUUUGUGCUGUUUUUUGUCUAAGCCUUUUCAAAUCUCAUUUGCCCUUAUUUCAUUUUGAGACUCAUGGCAGUGAGAUUUGUGACAUGUUUCAUAGAAAAGAAUAGUCUCUUAAGAUUUGCCAAUAUGCCCGCAAAAAACCCUGCUGUGGGGACUGGAUGUUCUGUGACAAUAUGAAAUAACCUGGUUUUCAUAAGCCAAAACACAGAUUUAUUUUGCAGCAGAUAUUAAGAAUGUAUAAUCUUUGCCUUUAUGGGGGGCAUAUAUUUUCUGCUGUGAGCUCACAGCAAAUGUUGUUUUGACUUUUAAUGCAAAUGGAGAUGUGACUAGCUAGGAUUGUUGGAAAUUUAGCACUCAAGAUGAACAACUCCCAUAAUAAUAAUAAUGAUAUUAAUUCAUUGCAUACCCUGCUCAUCUAACUGGGUUUCCCCAUCCAUUCUGGGCAGCUUCCAGCAUAAUAACAGCACAGCAAAAACACCAGACAAUAAAAACUUCCUGAUACAGGGCUGCCUUCAGAUGUCUUCAGAAAGUUGUGUAGUAGCUUACCUGUUUGACAUCUGAUGGAAGGGCCUUCCACAGGUGGGUGCCACUACCAAGAAGGCCCUGUACCUAGUUCCCUGUAACUUCACUUCUCGCAGCGGGGGACACACACUCCUGAUCAUUGGCUAUGCCUGCCUGGGGCUGUUGGGAGUUGUAGUUCAGCAGCAGGGAUACCAACUUGAAUAAAAUAUUGGGGUGGAGGGAGCUAAGCCCCACCCCACAUAAUUGAUCACAUAACACAACACACACACACACCCCAUUUGAAUGACAAUGCCCAUGAACUUUGUGGGGGCGCCAGGCCCCUCAAAUAUUUUAUAGAGGGAGCUGAAGGAACCUCGGCCCCUAAAAGUUGGCUCCUACAUACAGCAGCAUCAGGAAAACCAGAGGUUCGUCACACCUGCACUAGCUGGAUGCUUUGCCCUUUAGUUUUCUGUAGUAAAUUGUAUCCUUCCAGUCCGUGCAAAGCUAUGGCUGGUGUGAGACCAAAACUUUGUGGCCCUGUGGAAGUUCUGGUUGCCAGAGUGAGGCCUCUUGCUGGCUGGCACCUGGCCUUUCAGCAGCUUGUGCUUCCUUCCCAGAUGAACACCGUCUCUCUGAUUACUCUAUUGGACCCGAGUCAAAACUGAACCUUGUGAUCAAGCCGCCAGAGAAGGCAUCGCCUGAGGAACCUGGCCGCAGAGCUGCACCCCCGCAGAACCCUGUCAUCUGGCACACACUGGCCCAAGUCCUAGGCAGGCAUUUCAGCGUAGCUGAUGCUGAGAAGGUGUUGGAGCAAUUGCAAAAGGUAACUUUCUAACAGGAGUGCCAGGGCUGUCUUAAGCAUAUCCGGCGCCGUGGUGCAAAGCUCCCUCUGGUGCCCCCCCCCCCCGGUUUCCCAGAGUUUUUUAGGGAGGACGGUGCUGCCGGCGGGACUGGAGGAGGCGGGCAGUGUCUGGAGGGUGGCUCCGACGGGGAAGAGGUGGAGGCUGGGUGUGAUGCUUCUUGGCUCAGCUGGCCGCUUUGUGCGGUGGCCACCGCAGAUGGAGGCUCCGGAGGCGGGGCAUGGCGGAGGCGGGCAAGGGCGUUGAGCUGAUGCCGGGAGGUGCCGCAUCCAGCCUCCACCUCUUCCCUGGCGCCCUCCAGAACUUGGCAUCCUGUGCCAAUGGCCUCUAUGGGUAAGACACCCCUGAGGAGUGUAGGUGGGAAUCCCCUCAGGUUUGGCUUAUUGGUUCCUGUGACCCUUGUGCAGCCUGAUCCUAAGUGCCUUUCCUUGGAAGUAAUUCCUACUGAGUUCAGUAAGGUGCGGUCCUAACUAUGUGCCAUGGAGGGGGGCGGGAAUCUCAUUAAACUCAGUGGGCUUACACCCAGGCAAGUGGGGUUAGGAUUGCAGCCUUGAUCUUGACUGAGUGUGCUUGUGUUUGCAGUUUCAGCCUGCAAAACAUUAUUGCUGUCUUUAUUUUAUUCAGGCUGCAGUUCUGUACCCAGUUAUCUGGGAGUAAGUCGCAUUAAACUCAGUGGGAUUUACUUCUGAGAAGACAUAUAUAAGCUGUUGUACUGCCAGUGUCCCAACAGCUCCUUGGGAAUAACCUGCUUUUAUUUGAUGGCAGCGGGAGCUGAGAAUGAGCCAGGCAUCUGAUUCAUUCACACACAUGCAUCAAGUGUGUAUGAAUCAGACUCCAAUGACUUGCCCAAGAUCACCCAAUAAGCAGGAUUUUUAACUUUUGUCUCCCACAUCAAAAUCUGUCACUGUAUUUUAAAAGAUUGCAUUGGCUAACCUCCUGCAAAUCUACACACACAGCAGUUUCUCAUUGGGACCCUUUUAACUACAAAAUGUCUGACUAUCUGGCAGGUGUGCUUCUGAACGCUGUGUUCAAUUCUCUCUUUCUCUCUCCUCUCCCCCUCCCCCCAUCCCAGGAUUAUGAGCGGAGCCUUCGAUUACUGAGCUUGGAUGACAUUGAGCGCUUGGCCACACGCUUGCUUCACCCUGAGGUGGCUGAAGCUGUAGAAAUGGGCUUUCUGGAUUAGCUGGUGAACUUGGGGACUGAGCCUGCCUUUUUGGACAGAGAGCCCCUGGGCAGGGCCCAGCUUGGGGCUUAAUGGGAGCGAUCCCUCUGGACUGCUGUUAAAGGGGCACAGAGCAUCUGUAGCCACUCCCCGUCCAUUAAAGGUGGUGAUGGGUGAGACUGAUCUACUCUGUCUAGUGUGUUCGUCCGAAGUGGGGGAAUGACUCUUGGGGAAAGAUUGCUUGCCCAGUACUGAGAGAUGCAGCUGCCAUUGGGGUUGGGUGCUGCUGUGUUUAAUAAUAUGGGGGGUUUCUUUUUCAUCACCUAAGCCUGGUUGCAUCUAAUAGAUUCAUAUUUAUUGUUGUAUCCAAAGGCCAUCCUAAAAAUAAAGUUUACCAAAAUUUUCAGAUGGAAAAUCAAAUCUGAAUAACCCAAAUUUAAAAUACAAGUUUUGAAAACCUU